AUGAUUUUGACACUAUUUGCCAAUGGCAAUUCGUAUUUGGUAUUCAAUCAUUCAUCACAAUCAAACCAAUUUAAUGAAUUAAAUGAUUAUCUACUAAAAUUAUCUAUAUUGAGAGAAAGUGUUGUAACUACUAAAUACAAACUGAAUGUAGCAAGAAAAUUAAACAAAUUAUUCCUCAAAUUGGGCUAUCCUGUUUCAUUAAAGCGUAGUUUGUACAGUAUCAAUUCUGAUACUGCAAAUAUUAUUAGAAAACAAUUGAAACAAUUAAAGCACAAUAAUUCAUUAGAGAUUAGUGAUAAUACAAUAAAAAAAUCAUCAUUUAUGAAAUAUCCAAAUGUUGAGGGCUGUUUUUUUGAAGAAAAUGCUCAUGAUCAUCAUACACCAAACAUAUUAUCGUUAUCAAAAAACAUAAACUCAAGAAAUUAUUAUCAUCACUUAACCAUCGAGUUAAAGGUUAAAUGUGGAUUGGACGACUUUAGUGAUUAUCCCAAUUUAUUUACCAUUAGAAAUACUCUAAGACAUCUCAGCUCAAUGAAUUAUGUAUCACACAAUCCAACUAAACUAUUUAGUAACGCCAUAACAGAAAUAAAACAACAAUUAUUAAUGUUAUCUAAUGAAAUUAACCACAAAUACAUUAAGAUAUUUAUUAAUGGCCAAGUUAUCGGCAACAAUGAAAUUAAUAACACACAAUUACUAGACAUAGUUGCCAAUACAAUCACAUCAUCAAAUGGACUGAUUGGUAAUAUCUUGAAACUUCAAGCAUCAUCAGCUGGACAACAAUUUUUGGCACAUGUUAUAUAUUUGUUAUUGGACAUUUUUUACCAAUAUUCUGGACACUUAACUGAUUCAUGGAAGAUAUACUACUUACAACGGUUCAAAACUUUCAAUAUAUCCCCUUGUGAUAUAGAAACAAAUAUUCAUUUAUCUAUUCAAAUUGGAAAUUUUAAGAAAGGAAUAUUUCUAAUUAAGACACUCCUAUCACUUCUAAUAACUAUGGGACAUAUAGAAUUGAAUGGUUGCUUAAUUUUUUUUUCAAAAAAAUUCAACCAAUAUAAUAAACUAGAUACUGGAAUAACAUAUCAUCCAUUAGUGAAAUUAAGAGAUUAUCUAGAAAGAUAUUCCAGAAAAGGAUACCCAAAUAUAUCAUUACACCGAACCAAUUCUUUUAAAUCACUAUUUGUAAAAUAUAAUAUUGUAAGAGAUUCAAUUAGAUGGUUACAGAAUUUUUUUAUCGGAAGAACCAUGAUGGAUUGUUCUCUCAUCUAUAAUAUCCAAAAUGCCAAAGAUAACCAUCCGUCAACUGAUAAUUCCAUGGAAAAACAUCAUAUAUACAACGAACUAAUGCCCAGAUAUGGUUACACAAUGUCUAAUAAUCAAUUGAUAAAGAUAUCACUAGUUGAUCUAGAUAUUAAACCGUAUAGAAGAGUUGGAAAGUGGGCAAAUGACACGUAUAUAGCAAUCAAAAGAUAUCGCUCCACUCUUACUAAUCACCAACAAUUAAUUGUAAAAUAG